AUGGGGACACGGGACGGGUGUAAACGGUCGCCGGGCACCCCCUCCUCGAUGCCCGUGUCCUUGUCCAUGCCUCUGUCCCUCCCCCACUCCUCUUCCUCCUCCUCCGCCCUGUCGCAGGACCCCCCCAGCCGUCGGCGUAGUAACGGGGAGAACUCUCAACACAAGUGGGCUCAGCGUCUGGACAAACUGAGGCUGUCACGGUCGCCUCCCCCCGCCCUGAGCGUGGCGCCCGCUUCCAGCACCAUGCCGAGCCUCGCCAACGCCACGGGCAACCGGAGGCCAGGACGACUGGUGCGGGAGGGCGGGGUCUCCGUAAGCUCCUCCCACGAUGACUUUGGGGGUGGCGCUCACACGUUUUCCGGUUUCUCCUUUGGUCUGCUGCAUCACGGCGCAGACGGCACGCCACAGACGCCCGGGGGCAGCCUGCCGUGGAGAGGCAGCCGUUGGCACAAGUGCAGACUGGUGCUGAGGGAAAGGGAGCGCGAGGGCGAGCGAGGGGACGACUUCUACCUGGAGUUCUUCAUCCCUCCCAAGGCGUCCAAGCCUCGCCUUAGCGCCCCCUGCUGUUCCAUUGUGGAAGUGAGGAGCACCACAGCUCUGGAGAUGCCCGACAAAGAGAACACCUUUCUGCUGCAGAUGGACUCGGCUCAGUACAUGAUCGAGACUCGUGACGCGGUGCAGAUGAGGGCGUGGCUUAGUGACAUCCGCAACGCCAUGUGCAUCAGUGAACAGGACGAGUCUGAAGGGACCGGACCUCUGGACCUCAGCGGGACUCCGGAGAUCAUAGAUCGCCUCUCACAAGUUUGUUACGGAGGCAUCGCAGGCUCCUCCCCCCUCAUGGAUCCACUCCCCCCCGAGCUCCCGCCUCGCGCUCCUCUCGACGAAUCGGACGCCAGGAUCUUGGGAGGGGGCGGAGCCAGUCUGGGCACGCCAUUCGCCGAGACGCCAGAUGCCACCGGGUCGUUCCUCUUCUCUGACCCGCUCCCCUCAGACAUGGCUGACCACCCUCUGAGUGAGUGCCAGUGGUUCCAUGGGACACUUUCUCGGCUGAAGGCGGCUCAGCUGGUGUUGGCAGGAGGACCGGCCUCCCACGGUGUCUUCUUGGUCCGACAGAGCGAGACCCGCAGAGGAGAGUAUGUGCUCACGUUCAACUUCCAGGGGAAAGCCAAGCACCUGCGACUGUCUCUGAACGAGGAUGGCCAGUGCCGCGUGCAGCACCUGUGGUUCCAGUCCAUCUUCGACAUGUUGGAGCACUUCAGAGUUCACCCCAUCCCCCUGGAGUCGGGCGGCGCCUCCGACGUCACGCUCAUCAGCUUUGUGGGCGCCACGGCGGUGCGCCAGCCAGGCCGCGAUCGGGCCGGCAGUCGCGCCGCAGCCUGUGAUGUCAUCAAUACGCGCCAUCCCGACUCCCCAUCAACCCCCAUCUCAGACUGUGUACUUGACCAGCAGUCGUCCCCCGGCACGCCCUCCGCCACCACAGCUGCCUGCGCCUACCUCCGCCACCACGAGCCCUGCGACCACGGCAACCAACACGACCACAGCUCCGCCCCUAACCCCGCCCCCCACCACCACGGGAGGCGUGGCCAGUGCUGGGGCAGUGCCAGACGAGUGGGAGGAGCCAACAGACCCGGAGGAAGGCCCCAGAGUUCCCCGCGCCGUCGACAAUCACUGACAGAGAACCUGACAGAGAACCUGACCGAGAACCUGACCGAGAACCUGACAGAGAACCUGACCGAGAACCUGACCGAGAACCUGACCGAGAACCUGACCGAGAACCAGACCGAGAACCUGACCGAGAACCUGACCGAGAACCAGACCGAGAACCUGACCGAGAACCUGACCGAGAACCAGACCGAGAACCAGACCGAGAACCUGACCGAGAACCAGACCGAGAACCUGACCGAGAACCAGACCGAGAACCAGACCGAGAACCUGACCGAGAACCAGACCGAGAACCAGACCGAGAACCAGACCGAGAACCAGACAGAGAACCUACAGCGUUCAUAA